AUGAUUACCACAAUACAACAAAUUGAAACUUUUUCAAAAAGUUUAAAUAAAAAUAGUAUUGAUAGUGAUAAAAAUGAAAUUUAUGAUUCAUUUUUAGAUUGCAUUUUAAUAAUUGAUGAUAAUAAUAAUAAUAAUAAUAUUCUUGAACAAUUAAUUGAAAAAUUAAAAUCGAUUUCAAAUAUUGAAUAUUUAAAUAGUAAUAAUAUAAAUUAUCACUUUAUAAAAUUAUUAUUAAUUUCAAUUCAAAGAAUAAUAAAUAAUAAUAAAAAUGAUAAAAAUAAUAAUAAUAAUAAUAAUAAUAAAUUAUAUAAAUCAUUGUUUAAUACAUAUAUUGAAAUAUUAGAAAUAUCAAAAAUAAUAUUAAAUCAAGAUGAAAAUCAUUUAAAUAAAGUUAAAAUUUUAGAAAUGGUUAUUAAUAAUAUUAAAGAUACAUUAUCUUUAAAUAUUAUUGAAAAUAGUUUUGAAAUUGUAAAUGAUUUAUUAGAGAAAUCAAAUUUAUCAAUGAUAUCAAUUUUAGAAGAAAAUGAUGAAAAUAAUAUUCAUUUUAAUGUUUUAUUUAAUUUAUUAAAUAAAAUUUAUAAUGAAUUAAAUAAUAAUAAUAACAAUAAUAAUAAAGAAAUUUUAUUAGUAAUUAAUAAAUUUAGAGAUAUUUUUAUAAAGAAUUCAAUUGAAUUAUUAAAGAAAUCAAUAGAUACAGAUAUUAGAAAUGGUAUUAUUUCAACUUUAUUAUUACCAUUAGUUAAUGAUUCAAUUGAAACUUUUAAUAUGGUUAAAGAAUUUGCAUAUAAAAUGAUUUCUGAUCCACCUGAAUCAUUAUUCGUUUCAUUAGUUAAAUCUGAAGGUUUUAAAUUAUUAUCAAAUCUUUUUAAUUCAUUUUAUAAGAAUUUAAUAUUUGAUCCAAUUUUUUGGCAAUCUAUAAUUAAUGGACUUAAUGAUAUUAAUGAUUCAUUAAAUAGAAAAAGAUCAAGUUAUUUAUUAAAGAAAUCAAUAAAGAUAUCAAUUGAAAAAGAGAAUGAAAUUUCAACAUGGGGUGAUAAUUGGAGUAAAUAUUUUAAAUGGAGUAAAGAAGAUAGUGAAAAAUUACAAAAACUUUGGAAUACAUUCUUUUUGAUUUAUGAAUCAUUAGAUGAUUUUACAAUUCAUUUAAUUCAACCAGUAUGGAAAGAAAUUGAUUCAUUAGUAAUUGGAUCAUCAUCAUCAUCACCAAUGUCAUCACCAUCAUCAAAAGAAGGAUUAGAUUUUGAAUGGGUUGAAAUUUUAUUUAAACGUUGUUUAAAUCAUCAAAACCCAGCAGUUAUUAAAGUUUUAAUAAUUGAUGUUUUAAAUUCUAAACAAUAUAUUCCAUAUUUACCAAUUGAAUUUAUUAGUGGUACUUUAAUUCAAUCAAUUUCAAAUGCAGCUCUAUAUAAAGGUGUAACAGAAUCAACUAUUCAUGUUGCCACUAUUAAUUUCUUUACAAAUUAUUAUCAAUCAUUAUCAACAAUUAAAGAGAAAUCAAAAUUCAUUCAAACAAUAAUCAAUUGUUUGGUUGUUAAUCAUUUUCAAAAGGAAUUAUUAGUUAAUAUUAUAAAAUUCAUUGAAACUAUUACAAAUCAACAAAAAUUGAAAUUAACAGUUUUAAAUAAUGAAUUUUUUCCAGUGUUUUUAAAUUUUUUCGAAAUUUCAAUUAAAAGAUUACAUAGUAAUGUUCGUAAUAGAAUUUAUAAAUCAAUUAUUAAAUCAUUAAUUUAUUUAUGUGAUGAAAAUAAUCAAGAUUAUCAACAACUUGAUUUUAAUAAUAAAUCAAAAAUAAUUUAUUCAAUUCCAUUACAUUUUCAUACAAAUUUAAAAUAUAAUCAAUUAUUAAAUAAUUGGUUAAAUUCAAUUAAUCAUAAUGAAAAUAAUAAUUUAAAUAAUAUAAAAUUAAUUUUAAAUAAUUAUAAAAUUGAAGAAAAAGAUAACUUAAUAAUAAUUGAUAAAGAUAUAAUAAUUAAAAUUAAACAAGAAUCAUUUAUAAUUUCAAGAAUGAUUUUAUAUUUAAAUUCAAAAGAAUUUUCAGAAAUUAUAAAUGAAAUAUUAAUUGAAAUUUCAAAAUUAAUGAUUAAAGAUUCUACAUGCAAAUUUGGAUUGGAGAAUAUGUCAUUUAAUAAAUUUAUUAUAUUAUUAGGUUCAAUUUUAUCAAUUACAGAAUUAUCAAAUCAAAUUGAAACUUUGAAACCAUUAUUUAUAAAUACUGAAAAUUUUUAUGAAAGCUUUUUAGAUUUCUUAUUAAAUAAUUUUAAAAAUCAACAACUUUUAAAUCAAUUACAAUCAAAUUAUAUACCAACUUUAGAAAUUGAAGAAUCUUUAUAUUUAAUUCAAUCAUUUAUUAUUGAAAAUAUUUUAAAUGAUAAUAAUUUAAAAAGUUAUAAAAUUAAAUUAAAUAAUUAUUUAAAUCAAAUUUUUAAUAAUAAUAAUAUUGAUAAAAAUAAUAAUAAUAAUAAUAAUAUUAAAAUUGAAAUUCAAAAAGUAAUUUAUAUUCAAAAAUUAUUUGGUAUUUUUAAAGAACGUUCAAAUAUAAGUAAAUUAUUUAAAGUUGAAGAAAUUGAAAAAUUAAUAGAUUUUAUUUUUAAUAUAACAAUUCAAAAACCAAAACAACAACAACAAGAACAAUAUGAUCAUUCAAUUAAAGAAACAUUAGGAUUAUGGGGUAAUAUUAAUUCAUAUUUUAUAAAAACAAAAUGGAUGUUAAUUAGAAAUUUAUUAACAUGUCAAUCAGAAAUAAUGAAGAAUGAAAAUCAAUCAUUAGAUCAAUCAAAAUUAUUAAUAGAGAAAUCAAGUAAUUAUUUAGAGAUAUUAAUUGAUGAUUUAAGUGGUUCAAAUUUUUAUUGUUCUCAACCAAUAUUUCAUUGUUUAACUAUUCUUUUACCAAUUGGAACAAAAAGAAAAGAUGGUAAAAUUGGUUUUAACAAAGAAUUAUUUGAAAAUUGUUUAUCAUAUGCAUGGACAUCAGUUAUGGAUAGUGGUACAUUAACAUUUAUUGGUUCAUUUAUUCAAUUAGCUUAUCAACAUGAUAUUUUAUCUGUUUGUAUUAAUGAAGAAGAAGAAGAGGAUGAUGAAGAGGAAAUUUUUAAUCAUCAUAAUUUAUUAAAAGAAUAUUUUUAUAAAUUAUUAAAUCAAAGUUCAUUAGUAAUUGGAUUAUAUAAUUUAUUAAUUAUGAAAACUACAAUGAUUUGGAAAGAAUAUCCAGAGAUUGCAAUUCUUUAUGUUGAUGAAAUAUAUGAAUCACUUGUAUUUGGACCAACUAGAACUGCUGGUAAUGAAUUACAUCAAGAUGAUUUAGAAUUAACAUUUCAUGAUGCUUUAAUUGGUGUACCAACAUUUGUUUUUAAUUUACAUCAAGAUUCAAUUUGUGAAAGUGCUAAAGAUCAAAUUAAAUUUGGUUUUGGUAGUAUUCCACAUAAAGAUAGUUUUGGUAGAGCAAUUGCAACAGUUUUCCUUUAUGAAAUGGGUAAAUUAUCAAAAUCAUCAUCAUCUCAUCAUAUGAAUGAAAAUAAAAACAAAAUUAUUGAAUUUAUAAAUUUAAUUUCAAUGAAAUUAUUAAAUUCAAAUUUUGAUAAAGAAUUUUUAAAGAAAAAAGAAUAUAUUUUAAAUACACCAAUUCAUAGAUUAAAAGUUAGAAUUUGGCAAAGUUUAUGUAUUUUAUCAAAAUUUAUUCAACCAAAUUCAAAUGAACAAAUGAAUGAAAUUGGUAGUGCUAUCGUAAAGAUUUUCCAUUUAUUCAAUUUACCAUCAAUUAGAAAAUAUGUAAAUAUAUUUUUAGUAAACUUUAUGAAGAGACAUCAUGAAAUCAUUGAAAUACAUUUAAUUCAAUUAUUGGAUAAUUUAAAUGUACGUGGUGAUAUUUUAAGUUCAAUAGUUGUAACAGCAGGUUAUAUUCUUUUGAAUAUUGAAAAUAAUAAUCAACUUUAUCAAAAGGUUUUCAAUAGAAUUUUAUCAUUAACAACAUCUGGUCAUCAAGUGGUUAAAACUAUUGCCUCUUCAAUCAUUGUACAAAUCUAUGAUACCGAUAAUAAAUUAGCAGAGAAAUUAAGUUCCGAUAGUACAAUGUUGGCAUUUUUAAAACAAUUACAUUAUUUUUUCACUAAUAAUCAACAAGCAUUUAAAUCAUUGGAAAAACAAAAACAAGUUAUGGAUUUAGAAAAGAAAAAUCAAUUUUCAAGUUCAAGUUUUCAAAAUGUUUUCUAUGAUACACCAGUUUUAGAACAAUUAUCUCCAAGUGAAAUAAUUUCACCAGGUAUAUUUGAAUUUUUAUUAUCAUCAAAUGAUUAUUCAAUUGGUAAUCCACUUGAAAAACAAUUACGUGAUAAAUUAUUAGAAAAAUCAAAAUAUUUACCAAAAGUUAUUGGUGUUGACAAUGGUAAUGAAAAUGAUAGUGAUGAUGAUGAUGAAAAUCAUAAAGAAAAUAAUAUUAAAAAAUUAAUUUCAAAUACUGAUGAUAUUGAUGAAUAUAUUGAUAAUAAUCCAACAAGUUAUCAAAAGAAAAUUUUACCUUGGUCAAAUGAUUUAGAUUUAGAAACUCGUGAUGAAUUAGUAGUGAAAAAAGCAAGACAAAGUAUAAUUAUUGUCGCUAGUUUUAUUGAUAAAAUACCAAAUUUAGCUGGUUUAGCAAGAACUUGUGAAAUCUUUAAUAUUGAAUGUUUGGUUGUAUCUGAUUUGAAAAUUCGUGAUAAUAAAGAAUUUCAAAAUAUAACUGUUACCGCUGAAAAAUGGUUACCAAUGGAAGAAGUUGCAGAGAAUGAUUUAAAGCAAUACCUUUUAUUAAAGAAAUCUCAGGGUUAUAGUUUAUUAGGAGUUGAACAAACCUCUUCAAGUGUUUUAUUAAAUAAAUUUGAGUUUCCUCAAAAAUCAGUUUUAGUUUUGGGUAAAGAAAAAGAAGGUAUCCCAACUGAAUUCAUUAAUUUAUUAGAUAAAUGUAUUGAAAUUCCACAAUUAGGUAUCAUUAGGAGUUUAAAUGUUCAUGUUAGUGGUUCUUUAAUGAUUUGGGAUUACUUUAGACAACAAUUAAAUAAAUAA